AUUCAAGCAGUAACAUUCAGCCCUCUUAUUUCUGCUUUACAAUAUUCAGUCCCGUUAUUUUCGCUGUUUCCAAAUACGCUGCCAAAAAUUCAGUGGUUUAAAAUACGAUCCGAAAUUCAACCCUCUACAUCCGGGACUAGCAGGAUGAGCAAUAGAUUGCCGAUAGAGUUCUCUUCGGGAACCGCGGUUAAAAUGGAGCAAGCGGUAAGUACAAGUACUGAUGGACUUGGCAGCAGAUUUUCGUUGAUUGUGUUAUUUAUGUUUCUUGUCGUUUACUGGUCAAUACGAUAACUUUUUGCGCCCCCAACUAAUAGGUUUUUAUCAGUUGCUGCUGAACUAUGUGAUGGAAAGACUCCACUCCCGCUUGGAGCAUGCAGUUGGGCGUUUGCCCCUUGACCUUGAUUACUUGGACUUUGUCUGCUCGCAGGAAUGGGUUUUUUUAAGUGCAAUUUCCAGCAUAGUAACCAUCCCACAUAAUAUAACACAGGCUGUCACUGAACUGCUUCAAUUAAUCCAACGAAACCUGACAUUCAGGGAGAUGCCCACUGUGACUGUUCAGCAAGAGCAAGGACGAAUGGGACGACCACGUAUAAUCAUAUCACCAGAACACAUUGCAAAUCUCUUGGAUAUGAAUUUGUCUGUUCCUUACAUUGCCAGGAUUCUAGGAGUAUGCCCACGCACAAUAUACAGACGAAUGGCAGAAUGCAAUCUCUCAGUCAGGGCACGAUAUAGCAGUUUUUCUGAUGAAGAGUUAGAUGCUUGUGUGACGGGUAUUAAGCAACGCAUGCCACAUUGUGGAUACAGAAUGGUGAGGGCAGCGUUACAGGCCCAUGGACAUCAAGUACAGUUUGAACGCGUUAGAGCAUCCAUGCACCGGGUGGAUACUGCUGGAGUGAUAUGUCGAAUGACACAACUUGGCUGUGUCAUUCGAAGGACAUAUUCUGUCUCCAGUCCCAGAGCAUUGAUGCACAUCGACACCAAUCAUAAAUUGAUUCGUUACAAUAUAAUCAUCUUCGGAGGUAUAGAUGGCUUUUCGCGCAAGAUAAUGUACCUGGGUGCUGCUUCUAAUAACCGGGCUUCAACUACCCUGGAUUUUUUCCAAGAAUCUGUGGAAACAUUCGGCUUCCCACUUAAGGUACGAGGUGACCAGGGUAGUGAAAAUGUGGAUGUAGCUCGCCUGAUGUUUACAGUUCGUGGGACAGGAAGGGGCAGCUUUAUUUCAGGGAAGAGCGUCCAUAAUCAGCGCAUCGAGAGGUUAUGGAGAGACGUCUGGGCAUCAGUAACGAAUGUAUAUUAUGAUGUUCUACACUCCCUGGAAGAAGCUGGCUACCUUGAUCUUUCAGACAUGAUUCACAUCUUCUGUUGCCACUAUGUGUUUCUUCCACGGCUUCAAAAUGAUCUGAAUCUUUUUCGAGACACCUGGGACAAUCACCCAAUCCGCACAGAGGGCAACAUGACCCCAAACCAGUUAUGGACAAUUGGAAGUAUCCAUCAUCCUGUACUUGAACCUGACAUAGAGGGGUUGAGCAUACCACACAUUGACUGGGAGAGUAGUGGCCUCAGUCUUGAUGUACACUCCAGUUUCGUCCUUCCUACAAUCGAGUCUCCCUUGAGUGAUGGACAAAUUGCAGCACUUCAAGAAACCGUAGACCCCAGAGCACCUUCACAGACCUUUGGUUGGGACAUUUAUUUAGCUGCGCUCCAGUUUUGUCAGUCAGUUCUCAUAGAGUAAUUUUUUUUUUUGGUCUUUGCUUAUUUUUGUAUUAUGUGUCACUUCAUUUAUGAAACUUGUCUUUUUACCAAUUUCCGUCAGUAGUGCUUGACCAGGCAAUAGCUGAAGAUUGUAUUAUUUUUCAAAAAGACCAUUGUUUUAUUUGAACUUUGUUUGCACAUCCAGUGAGUACAUUUACUGUAAUGUAAAUAAACAACUGUACCUUA